AUGGGCAAGAGUGCCGAGUCCGGCUGUUUGCCAGGCCUUCACGCGGCCCCCGCCUCGGAGAUAGCGCGCCACUGCCCUCAUGGCCCAUGGACGAUUUUCGGGGCUGAGUUCGCGCCCGACUUCCCAACCUCCAUUGGAGAAGCUUUUGCCUUAGGCGCGGAUGCAGCGCAUGGCCUCCUGGGAACAAGCACAAGCCUGCGGAGCCGGCGAGACUUGGCGAUCCGCGCAGCUCGCCAUGUGAACGGAAUGCAGCGGAACUUCUCCGGAGCAUCGCUGACAGAGCCAAAGCAAGAGCAUGCGCAACGUUCGCAGCUGCUUGGGCGGCAUUGUGAGCCGGCUGGAGGGUUCUCCCUGCGCCGGCCGCUGGACGCCGUACCUUUCGCGCCAAAGCAGCGUGAGCGGACCCCGUCCGCGAAGCCGUCGAGACAGCCAGCCGAUGGAGCUGAACGCGCUGCUUCUUAUGAGAGGGUCAAGAUCGCAGCUCAGCGAAAUACCGGCCAGCUCCGACAUGCGGAGCGGCUUUCCCAGCGGUCCAUGGACUUGAAGGCGGAGCUGACAGCGUGUGAGCUCGAGGCCCAGCAGUUGCAGCAGCGAGUGGUGAGGCUGCGCGGAGAUGCGAAGCAGAAGGAGCAUCACCGCCUCCGCUGGGAAAAGCAAUUCCGAAACCGGGGCGCUCAGUGGCUUGCCUGGAAGAUGUUCGCGGAGAAGAGUGCGCAAGAAGCGCUGAACACACGGCGGCUGCUGGGCAAGGCCCCCGAGCCCGCGGAGUCGGCGAAGCUCGAAGCGCAGCUCAGGGAGAUGGGGGCACAGCUGCAGGGCGCCAAGGCGGAGUUGGAGGAGGACCAGGCGGAGGCGGCCAAGGUGAAGCGCUCGCUGAAGCGAAGCGAGUCCCAGGCCAAGAAGCAGAGCACCUACCAGCACCACGAGGCCAAGUCCAUGUGGGCCCAAGCGGCCCGCUUGGAGCGGGAGGAGGCGGCAUGGGCCACGGAGGAGCUGGCGGAGGCGAAGUUGGAGAAGAAGCUGCGGCUGGAGGUCCAAGCGGAGCGCUCCAGGACCGAGGGCUGCGUGUGGCGUGUGGCAAACGCGCGGCUGCGCGCGGCGGACGAGGCGGUGGACUGGGCCGUGCUCGAGGUGCAGCAGCUGCAGCGGGGCUCGCAGGCGCGCAAGCAGCAGUUGGAGCAGGACCACGAGGAUGAGAUGAAGGUGUUGGAACUUGAGUGCCGGCAGGCGGAGGCGGCGCUUGAAGCACGCCAUGCGAACUCUGAGGACGCCACAUCUGCCUCAGCCAGCGCAGAGCAGAGGUGCAUCCCUCCGACCGCCAGUGCCAACAAGGGUCGGAGCCCACCUGCCUCACCCAAAGCUAGUCCUAACGAGGGUAGUCCCAACGAGGGUCGGAGCGCACCUGCCUCACCCAGCGCAGAGCAGAGGUCCACCCCUCCCAAAGCUAGUCAAAACGAGGGUAGUCCCAACGAGGCUCAAAGCCCACUUGCCUCACCCAGCGCAGAGCAGAGGUCCAUCCCUCCAAGCGCCAGUGCCAACAAGGGUCGGAGCCCACCUGCCUCACCCAGUGCAGAGCAGAGGUCCAUCCCUCUGAGCGCCAGUGCCAACGAGGGUCGGAGCUCAUUUGCCUCACCCAGAGCAGAGCAAAGGUCCAUCCCUCCGAGCGCCAGUGCCGACGAGGGUCGGAGCCCACCUGCCUCACCCAGCGCAGAGCAAAGGUCCAUCCCUCCAAGCGCCAGUCCCAACGAGGGUCGGAGCCCACCUGCCUCACCCAGCGCAGAGCCGAGGUCCAUCCCUCCGAGCGCCAGUGCCAACGAGGGUCGGAGCCCACCUGCCUCACCCAGCGCAGAGCCGAGGUCCAUCCCUCCAAGCGCCAGUCCCAACGAGGGUCGGAGCCCACCUGCCUCACCCAGCGCAGAGCCGAGGUCCAUCCCUCCGAGCGCCAGUGCCAACGAGGGUCGGAGCCCACCUGCCUCACCCAGCGCAGAGCCGAGGUCCAUCCCUCCGAGCGCCAGUCCCAACGAGGGUCGGAGCCCACCUGCCUCACCCAGCGCAGAGCAGAGGUCCAUCCCUCCGAGCGCCAGUGCCAACGAGGGUCGGAGCCCACCUGCCUCACCCAGCGCAGAGCAGAGGUCCAUCCCUCCGAGCGCCAGUGCCAACGAGGGUCGGAGCCCACCUGCCUCACCCAGCGCAGAGCCGAGGUCCAUCCCUCCGAGCGCCAGUGCCAACGAGGGUCGGAGCCCACCUGCCUCAUCCAGCGCAGAGCAGAGGUCCAUCCCUCCGAGCGCCAGUCCCAAAGAGGGUUGGAGCAUUGCCACACCGCGUGACCAGGGCAGCCAAAGCAGGAGCGCAAGCCGCGAGCUAAGCCACUCGCGCAGCCAAUCGCCAAGCGCCUCACCACUUCCUGACAUGAGCCCCACCAGGUCCCUCAGUGAGGGAUCUCAUCAAGAAGGGCCACCCUCAGAGGUGCCCAGCCUGUAG